CUUUAACAAAGUCCUCCUCUCUUUGCUCCCUCCCACUUCAUUCACUUGCAAAUCAGUGUGUGCCCACAAGAGCCAGCUCUGCCGAGCCCGUAACCUUCGCAUCCCGAGAGCUGCAGUUUCAGCCGCAAGAGCAAGAACGGCAGAGCCGGCGACCUGCGGCGGCGGCGGAGGCAGGAACAGCCUGGGCGGGUCGUAGGGUCUCCGCGGGCGCAGGAAGGCGAGCAGAGAUAUCCUCUGAGAGCCAAGCAAAGAACAUUAAGGAAGGAAGGAGGAAUGAGGCUGGAUACGGUGCAGUGAAAAAGGCACUUCCAAGAGAGGGGCACUCACUACCCAGAGACUCGACGGUGCCAUCAGCAUGAGAACUUACCGCUACUUCUUGCUGCUCUUUUGGGUGGGCCAGCCCUACCCAACUCUCUCAACUCCACUAUCUAAGAGGACUAGUGGUUUCCCAGCAAAGAAAAGGGCCCUGGAGCUCUCUGGAAACAGCAAAAAUGAGCUGAACCGUUCAAAAAGGAGCUGGAUGUGGAAUCAGUUCUUUCUCCUGGAGGAAUACACAGGAUCCGAUUAUCAGUAUGUGGGCAAGUUACAUUCAGACCAGGAUAGAGGAGAUGGAUCACUUAAAUAUAUCCUUUCAGGAGAUGGAGCAGGAGAUCUCUUCAUUAUUAAUGAAAACACAGGCGACAUACAGGCCACCAAGAGGCUGGACAGGGAAGAAAAACCUGUUUACAUCCUUCGAGCUCAAGCUAUAAACAGAAGGACAGGGAGACCCGUGGAGCCCGAGUCUGAAUUCAUCAUCAAGAUCCAUGACAUCAACGACAAUGAACCAAUAUUCACCAAGGAGGUUUACACAGCCACCGUCCCCGAAAUGUCUGAUGUCGGCACAUUUGUUGUCCAAGUCACUGCAACAGAUGCGGAUGAUCCAACAUAUGGGAACAGUGCUAAAGUUGUCUACAGUAUUCUACAGGGACAGCCCUAUUUUUCAGUUGAAUCAGAAACAGGUAUCAUCAAGACAGCUUUGCUCAACAUGGAUCGAGAAAACAGGGAGCAGUACCAAGUGGUGAUUCAAGCCAAGGAUAUGGGCGGCCAGAUGGGAGGAUUAUCUGGGACCACCACCGUGAACAUCACACUGACUGAUGUCAACGACAACCCUCCCCGAUUCCCCCAGAGUUCAUACCAGUUUAAAACUCCUGAAUCUUCUCCACCGGGUACGCCAAUUGGCAGAAUCAAAGCCAGCGACGCUGACAUGGGAGAAAAUGCUGAAAUUGAGUACAGCAUCACAGACGGUGAGGGGCUGGAUAUGUUUGAUGUCAUCACUGACCAGGAAACCCAGGAAGGGAUUAUAACUGUCAAAAAGCUCUUGGACUUUGAAAAGAAGAAAGUGUAUACCCUUAAAGUGGAAGCCUCCAAUCCUCAUGUUGAGCCACGAUUUCUCUACUUGGGGCCUUUCAAAGAUUCAGCCACGGUUAGAAUUGUGGUGGAGGAUGUAGAUGAGCCUCCUGUCUUCAGCAAGCUGGCCUACAUCCUACAAAUAAGAGAAGAUGCUCAGAUAAACACCACAAUAGGCUCUGUCACAGCCCAAGAUCCAGAUGCUGCCAGGAAUCCUGUCAAGUACUCUGUAGAUCGACACACAGAUAUGGACAGAAUAUUCAACAUUGAUUCUGGAAAUGGUUCAAUUUUUACAUCGAAACUUCUUGACCGAGAAACACUGCUAUGGCACAACAUUACAGUGAUAGCAACAGAAAUCAAUAACCCAAAGCAAAGUAGUCGAGUACCUCUAUAUAUUAAAGUUCUAGAUGUCAAUGACAACGCCCCAGAAUUUGCUGAGUUCUAUGAAACUUUUGUCUGUGAAAAAGCAAAGGCAGAUCAGUUGAUUCAGACCCUGCGUGCUGUUGACAAGGACGACCCUUAUAGUGGGCACCAAUUUUCGUUUUCUUUGGCCCCUGAAGCAGCCAGUGGCUCAAACUUUACCAUUCAAGACAACAAAGACAACACGGCGGGAAUCUUAACUCGGAAAAAUGGCUAUAAUAGACACGAGAUGAGCACCUAUCUCUUGCCUGUGGUCAUUUCAGACAACGACUACCCAGUUCAAAGCAGCACUGGGACAGUGACUGUCCGGGUCUGUGCAUGUGACCACCACGGGAACAUGCAGUCCUGCCAUGCGGAGGCGCUCAUCCACCCCACGGGACUGAGCACGGGGGCUCUGGUUGCCAUCCUUCUGUGCAUCGUGAUCCUACUAGUGACAGUGGUGCUGUUUGCAGCUCUGAGGCGGCAGCGAAAAAAAGAGCCUUUGAUCAUUUCCAAAGAGGACAUCAGAGAUAACAUUGUCAGUUACAACGACGAAGGUGGUGGAGAGGAGGACACCCAGGCUUUUGAUAUCGGCACCCUGAGGAAUCCUGAAGCCAUAGAGGACAGCAAAUUACGAAGGGACAUUGUGCCUGAAGCCCUUUUUCUACCCCGACGGACUCCAACAGCUCGCGACAACACCGAUGUCAGAGAUUUCAUUAACCAAAGGUUAAAGGAAAAUGACACGGACCCCACUGCCCCGCCAUACGACUCCUUGGCCACUUACGCCUAUGAAGGCACUGGCUCCGUGGCGGAUUCCCUGAGCUCGCUGGAGUCAGUGACCACGGAUGGAGAUCAAGACUAUGAUUACCUUAGUGACUGGGGACCUCGAUUCAAAAAGCUUGCAGAUAUGUACGGAGGAGUGGACAGUGACAAAGACUCCUAAUCUGUUGCCUUUUUCACUUUCCAAUACGACACUGAAAUAUGUGAAGUGGCUAUUUCUUUAUAUUUAUCCACUACUCCGUGAAGGGUUCUCUGUUCCACCCAUUCCAAAAGCCAAUGGCUGCAGUCCCUGUGGAUCCAAUGUUAGAGACUUUUUUCUAGUACAGUUUUAUGAGCUUCCAAGGGGCCAAUUUUUAUUUUUUAGUGCAUCCAGUUAACCAAGUCAGCCCAACAGGCAGGUGCUGGAGGGGAGGACAGGGAACAGUAUUUCCACUUGUUCUCAGGGCAAUGUGCCCACUUCCGCUGGCCUGCUGUUUUACUACACUCCAUGUCAGGUCAGCCAACUGCCCUAACUGUACAUUUCACAGGCUAAUGGAUAAAAGACUGUGCUUUACAGAUAAAAAUAUCAUCAUAGUAAAAGAAAUGAGGGCAUAUGGGCUCACAAGGAGAUAAACUACAUGGGGUGUUUAUUUGUGUUACAAAGAAUUUAAAAUAAUACUCGCCCAUCCUAUUUGCUCUUCAAGAACUUUCUCUGGCAUCAACUACUAUUCAAAACCUCAGAUCCACCCAUAUGUUAAAACUCUCAUUACUCUUAAAGAAUAGAAGCAAAUUAAACGGUAACAUCCAAAAACAAC